GCCAUCUGCAGGCGGGGCUUUGUCAAAUACAGGAAAUGCUAACUUUACAGCGUGACCAACAACCACAACAUACCUACACAACCAAGAAAACGACGAAUAAAUGUAUGGAAAACAGAGCUUCUCCACAGCCCAACUGGCUUCCCAUUUCUUUCAAAUUUUCAUAAGAUUAAAGAACAGUGGUGUGAGACCUAUGGCUCCACUUGGCUCACGGAUUCUGACCAAUCCAGAUGACAUCUACAAGCACAACAUGUGGGAUCAUGUACAGUGGACGGAAGAGGACAAAGAAAAUGCACGACAGAAGGCAGAAGAAAAUUCUAGAACAAGACUUCCUUUACCAGAGCAAGGUAAAUUUGACACAAAUGCCCACCAGUACUGGGACAAGUUUUAUGAGGUGCACCAGGACAAGUUCUUCAAAGAUCGCAGGUGGCUGUUUUCAGAAUUCCCAGAACUGCUUCCUUCAUGUGCCAAAGAAAGGAGCACAGGCGCACGCUGUGGUGAUCACCAGGCAGGAAUCUCAAUUCGUAGUAUAUCCAUGACUGACACAGAGUCUGGGAACCAUCAACACAAUGAUCCUAUUCAGAGCUGCAGAAAAACAGACAUGCUUUACGUUCAGGAAGCAGCGGAGGAGCAAAAUGAAGCCGUCACACAGGCCACUUCUUUUCCAGGACAACAUUCUUCUUUCAGGAUCUUGGAGGUUGGAUGUGGAGUUGGAAACAGUGUAUUUCCUAUCAUCAAUACCAUCAAGAAUACAGACUCAUUCAUUUACUGUUGUGACUUCUCUCCAUGUGCCAUUCAGCUGGUUAAGGAUCAUUCGGAUUACGAUGGCGCCAUGUGUCACGCCUUCGUUCAUGACAUUUGUGAGGAGGCGGCCUCUUUUCCCUUUCCUCCACAGAGCUUGGAUGUUAUCUUAGCUGUCUUUGUGUUCUCCUCCAUCCAUCCACAGCGGAUCCACGGAGUUGUGAACCGACUGUCUGCUUAUUUGAAACCUGGGGGGGUAUUCCUCUUCCGUGAUUAUGGGAGAUACGACUUCUCACAACUCAGGUUUAAAAAGGGGCGAUGCUUAGCUGAGAAUUUCUACACACGUGGCAGCGGAACCUGUGUUUAUUUUUUCACAAAAGAUGAAGUUCAUGAUUUAUUUACAAAGGCUGGACUGGAGAAAGUUCAGAACCUGGAGGACAGACGGCUACAAGUGAACCGAGCAAAGAAAGUUGCGAUGCAUCGGGUGUGGAUGCAGAGCAAAUACAGAAGACCACAAUCUCUAUCCUGAUAUUCAUCACUGCACAAAUGUAUUUAUAUAUACUUUUAAACAUAACUUGUACUCAAUUUUUACUUUAAUUGUAGAUAGUUUUAUUUGAAACUUAAAAGAAUGUAUCUUGCAACAAUAAACUAAAAAAUGCCAAAUGAA